UUACGGAAACGGAAGGGGUGGUGCACAUGUAAAGUGAAAUCUCGAAGCUAGCUCUCGUCUGCCCGAGUUAUUACUUUUUCAGUAAAUAAUUAUGGCGGCCGCGGAUCCCCGGUCCUUGAGUGACGGCGGGCCCGCAAACAGAGGAGAGUUCCCGGCUGGUGAGAGCAGCAACGAGCGCGAUGGCCCGGGAGGAAGCGGCGGAGAAGGAGAACGCGAGCCAGAUCGGGCCACAUUCGAAUGCAACAUUUGUUUGGACACAGCAAGGGACGCUGUCAUCAGCUUAUGCGGGCACUUGUUCUGCUGGCCCUGCCUUCAUCAAUGGUUGGAGACACGGCCCAGCCAACAGCAGUGUCCUGUGUGUAAAGCAGGCAUUAGCAGAGAGAAAGUCAUCCCCCUCUAUGGCAGAGGGAGCUCCAGCCAAGAGGACCCCAGGUUGAAAGCCCCGCCUCGACCUCAGGGACAGAGAACAGAGCCAGAGAGCAGAGGGCCCUUCCAGGGGUUUGGGGACACUGGCUUCCACAUGUCCUUUGGGAUCGGUGCCUUCCCUUUCGGCUUCUUCACCACAGUCUUCAACACCAAUGACCCCUUCCACAGAGCAGACCCAUACGCAGCUGAUCACCAAGGCAACGUCAACCCUAACAACGGCAACAACUGGCAGGACUCUCUCUUCCUGUUCGUGGCCAUCUUCUUCUUCUUCUGGCUGCUGACUGUGUGAGGGAGAAGAUGGAUGGAAGGUGGAAAAGGAGAACUGUAGGGAUAUAAAAAAAGCUCAUAAGCAUAUACACACGCAUACACACACACACACAUAUCAAAACACCAGGAACGACCAACUGACUGGGAGACUUUAGACUAUAGAUGGGUGUUGGUGGGAUGACUGGCAGUUCACUCUUAGAAAGUGAUAUCUAAUGCAGCAAACACAAACGAGUGAAAAAGAUUUGUGUAUCCCCCCAAAUGAUUUACGAGAUUCAUUCGGAUAGAGAGAGUACACUGAGACACCACUCUGUGGUGGUGGAUGAUACCCAAACGUGAGGGUGAGGAAAGAGAAGUCAAUCUAUUGAUCUUUCUCUGUGCAUUUGUACAUAAAUACUCACACACACACACACACACACAGUGGAUACCCGGGUUGAGGGGUGGGGGCUGGCUUUUAGGGAUGGGACUGGUAUAUAGACUGGAAUCAGUGUUGAGAGAUAAUAGCCAAUAUGAAAUGAUUGGAUUGAGUUAAUUGUAAAUGAGGGGAGUUUGACAAUGAUCACUUUAAGUAACUUUACUGUACCGCAAGACCUAUGUAAUAUGUGGUUAACAUAGAGCUACAAAAUGGAAUCAAAAAAUUGCCCUGUGAAGCAAUUUCAGGUUUAGGCUAUUCCCCAAAUAUAUUAGAACUUGUUUGAGUUUUAAGGGAGGAUGACAAUGGGAUUAUAAUCUGAUACAGACACUUUUCCCAGGCCAAAGAGUAAUGUAUCACUGUCAAGUACGAUUUUGGGAAAAUGUAUUUGAAUACUCCUGUUUACAAUUUAACUGAUGAAAUCAUUUUAGUCUGUAGAUUUACGAGCAUAAUUAAUGAAUAUUCUGUAGGAUGGUGUACAGACAGGUACAAUAACAACGUUGCAUAUUCUCUUUACAAACUGCCAUUGCACUGUGAAGUCAUAUAGAGAAGACAGACCUAAUAAUGUGGAUUGGAGCUAUAGUGGAUAUAACCACACGAUUUAAGAGUUCUUAGUCUGUUAAUCUAUAUGACAAACGCUGUAUUGUAAAGAGCUAUGGGGAUAGUGUAUGGGAAGGCUGGAGUGGGCAGUAUUGUGUACAGUUGUGCUCUGGCGAAUUCGCCACAUAUGAGUAAAUACUGUAUGAUGUCACAGUAUUCUCUGGGGACAGUUAUUUAAAUCUACAACUCAAAAUGAUCUGGAACACAACACAGGAUCCUUUUGAUCUGUAUUAAAUGUUCUGAAAACCUGUCCCUGGGGGCUUGUAGCUGGGCACAGUGCUACAAAGGAAAAUAUGACAGCAGAGUCACGUUCAUUAAGGCACAACAUAGCAAAACUUUUGCAACAGAAAAAUAAAACAAGUGUUUAUUGGACAAAUUGAGAUUGUACCUCUGUUUCACAGUUUUGUACAGUUUUCUUCCGUUUUGUGCCUACUGAACACGACCCAGGUGCAGAAGUCAAUGCAGUGUUUGGCAGAUCCUUUUUGACUUAAGUCAGAAUGAGUAUUUGAUGUCAUUAUCUGCAGCUAAGAAAAUAACAUGCGAUGAGCAACAUGAACUGUGCCCAAUGUGAUGACAUGGACUAUUAUAAUUGUAUGAUUUCUAUUGCAAUGUGUUUCUCCUGAUUGUAAGUGUUUGUGUGUCUGUCUGUGGGUCUGUAUAUACAUUUGUAUAUAUGAAUAUUGUAAAUGCUGUUUUUACGUAUUUCCGAAUGACCAGCCAUGGGAAUGAGACAAGAUGUGAGAUGGCUCGAGUUUAACCAGGCAACCUGGAAAGCAUAUGUCAUGAUGUAGCGGAGUCCCCCUCUUCCACUCAGUGAAAGACAAGUUACACUUCUGUACUCGUACAAUGCACUCUAACCUAUCUGACCAAUAUAUGAUGCACAUAUGAGCCAACCAGAGGCGAGUGAGCAGUGUAUGAAAAGGAAACAGUAACUCCCAUUUCACCCUACCCAUUUCAUUUUGAUACAACUCCUGUGAAGUAAAUGAAAUGGGUUGAAGAUCAAGAGUGUCCAGGAACUCUGUAGCACCUUACUAAACAACACCAGCCCAAUAACAUCCAUGCAAGAGGUUGAGAAAAGGAAGGGCUGUGGGGGGCACGAAGUGAUGGAGGAGGGAGGUCUUUUUUGUGAUGUACAGGUGAAGUCAUUUCUUGCAUAUCACUGUCUGAUCAAGCUAGGCAUUUGUAUUCUGAAUAUUUUGUGACACUAAACAAAUGAUGGAAAUGACAUUUGUAUUGCAAGUCUUUUGCUAGACGAAACAGUGACACAUUGUGCAAAACCAAAUGGUCACGGAGCUGUGGAAAUGUUUUCCUGCACUCUGAAUAAAUAGUUGUUUAAUACAUUUAA